AUGAGUGGGACGCGGGGAAAGCACAGCGUUGAUGGAUUUCCAGAUUCGGACAUGGCUCGGGACGCCUUCUCAACCUUCAUUCCGAUCGGUGGCGACUCCGAAGCCCGAACGAACAUCAUCAUCGACUUCUUCGACCUGCUGGCCGCCAUUGCAGCCCACGGCAAGUCCAAUGGACUGGGAGGACGCAAGCUGUCCCGAUAUGCGGGAUGGUGGGCCUUUGAGCACGCCGAUACAGGCGGUGGCUUUGAAGCUGCCUACAAGAGUUGGGCUGCGGCCGCCGACGCGACUAGCCAUCUGUUCUUCGCCUACCUCCGUUCCUUGACUCCCGACGUCCCGCGCGGCGUGAGCGGUAUUUCCUCGCUGCCGAUCUCCCUCCAAACUCUCGUCGAAGCAACCGAAUACCCCCCGGAGACCCCAACCUUGCUACAGGUCACGACCACGAAGGUGGUAAUGAUUGUGGAGAAUGUCUCGCCAACACCGUUCGCUCUUCUCCGACGCGCCAAGAACUUCGAAUACCGCGACGACGACUGGCAUUUGCAGGAAUUCGCCAACUACGAGGAUCCCAUCAGCGCAUUGACCGACGAAUGUCUCCGCGUUCUCAAGUGCAUCUCCUCCGCCAACGAGUCCAGCGUGUCGAGCACGAAACAGUCCACCAGCUUGCGGGAUGCUUCCUGGUCUCGGUUCGAAGACAUUGGAUUUGGUGGCUCAAUUGAAUCCGACGAGGAGGAUAAGAAGGAAUCGUUGUCUCCACCGUCAAGGAAGAGUGGAUCCGCCGGUGGAUUGAGCAACGUGCCCAAAUCGGGAACUGGGGAUCUCGGCCGUCCCACCACUCCCUCGUGGGCAGACUUCAUGUCUGCUGGGUUUGCGGACGAGAACGCCCUAAAGACCCAUGUGAGCCCUUUGCUUUUGCCUCCGGACAAGGUCCUUCCACCAAUCGCAACCACCCGUGGCCAGAGCUCUCAGUCUCACAAGCGCUCAUUGGAUGAUGAGCCCGCUCUUGAGCCCGCCGAGCUGGCCAGCAUCAAUACUCUGGAUAUGGAUGACUCCUUCUGGUGGGUGUGGAUCAGCAGUCUGUCGGCCGACGAGCCUUCUGCUCGCAAGGCAGUGUUCGGUCGAUGUGCCCUCCUGGAGACCGUCAUCCGGGACACCAAGUGGUUGGUUCUUGAGGAGCAAGUCAAGGGCGCUGCUCCAGAGCCCGAGGCUGGUGCGCAGAUCGUCGAGAAGAAGAGAUUCUUCAGCUUUGGUAGCCGCAAGGGCAAGCUCAACCGCCGCAAGUCUUCCGCUAAGAAGGUCUCGAUUGAAGACACAUAUAAGAGGCCCAACAACCCGGGCUCCCAGAGCAAGACUAGCAUUGGCCCUGACCAGCACAAGCGGAUUCAAGCAGCUGCAGCCGCUCUCCAAAAGAAGCACCGCGAGCAUGAAGAAGAGGCAAACCAGAACAAGAUGGAUACCAAGGCGGAGCGUUACUCCAAGACUAAUUCCGUCAUGACCCUUCAGCCUGCUAUUGUGAAUGAAGCCUCCCAAGCCAUGAAGUGGACCAAGAACUACGACAAGGGUGCUUUCCGGGCCGCCUACCUCAAGGAUGAGCGUGCCGGAACCGGUGCGGCGGAGGAAGGGAACGAUGCCGAGCAUCAGGCAGAGGAUGCAGAGAAGCCCAGCACGCCCUCGGUGCCUGCCGCUGAAUCUACAAAUGACACUCCCGCGCCCCCUCCCAAGGAGACGCCCGCUGCAGCCAUUGCGGCCCCUCUUCCACCAUCCCCCGAACCGGAGGCCAAGAAGACCGUCAACGUGACCACCCCCGAGGAGGAGAAGGCCGCUAGCAAGCCCGCAACCCCUGACCAGACUACCGAGCGCCGUGACUCCGUCGACGAGACCAAGAAGCUCAAGAAGAAGAACGGCAACUCCACCUUCAAGAGCAUGUUCGGCACCAAAAAGAAGCCCGAACAACAACCUCCCAUGAAGAACAUCGGCACCAAAGAAGUCUCCAGCGUAGCAGCCGCCCGCGCCGCCCUGGAAGCGAAGCACAAAGCAGCCCAAGAAUCCACCCCAGUGAAGAAGAAGCCCCUCCCCAAGCACGCCGCCAUUGUAAUCGAGCCCGUGGCCCAGACUCCCUCCAAGCCCUCCACCCCACAAGCCGAACCGCAGCCCGAGGCGCGCGAACCCGUCCUCGAGCCCCAGACCCCAGCCAAGCCCUCAACCGAAGAGACCGGCCAACCCCCACGAACCAGACGCGCCAUCGAAUGCGACGCUCUCUCCCGCAUCGACACAUUGGAGCGCGAUGCCGCUGACAAGGAAUUCUCCAAAUUCGACCAAGGCCCUCUAGCCGACCAGCCUGCCUUCGUGCCUGAUUCUCCCGUCCGCGAACCAGAACCCACUGCGCUUCCCCAGACCCCGGUUAAGGGCCAUGAGAAUGGUCACGGUAAUGGUGUUCUGCAUGAGGUUUCGCCUGAAACCUCCGACCCCCAGCAGGAUCGGUGGAAGGCGAUUCGCGAAGCUGCGGCUGAGCGUAGUCGCACUGCGAAGGGGGAAAUGCACGAGCCUGAACAGGAGACUGAGCCGGAGACCGAGACUACGACUCGGACCAGCCAGUCUGAGCGUACUGAUGAGGGCGAAACCAGUGGUGAAGAGACUAUCGAGUCUCGCGUUGCUCGUAUCAAGGCCCGCGUUGCUGAAUUGACCGGUGCUACUGAAGAUGGACAUAAGGCCUAG